AUGGCAGAUCUUUCAUUCUCUGAUCAAGAUGGUGUGUCGAGAUCGGUUUCAGAUACACCACCUAAUCACUACGGCCUCAAAAUCCAGUCGUUUUCGCUGCUCGCCAAGAACAACAUUGACAAAUACACGUCAAGCGAAUUCGAAGCCGGAGGCUACAAAUGGAAGUUGGUGAUUCACCCAAAUGGAAACAAAAAUAAAGACGUUAAAGAUCACAUAUCCAUCUACUUGUUGAUUAGUGAAGAAGCAAAUUCACUCGGGCCGGGCUGGGAAAUCCGAGCAGUUUUUCGACUUUUCCUGCUCGAUCAGAACAGAGAUGCUUACUUGACACUUCAAGACACGGCUAGAAACGGGAGAAGAUUUCACAAGAUGAAGCCCGAAUGCGGUUUUGAUAAGUUCUUACCACUCGCAACCUUUAAGGACCCGGCCAAUGGAUAUUUGAUCGAUGACAGUUGCGUAUUUGGGGCAGAGGUUUAUGUGUGCCUCGAAAAACUCACUGGAAAAGGAGAGUCUUUGUCGAUGCUAAAAGAUCCAAUCAGCUACAAAAACACUUGGAGAAUCCCGAGUUUUUCCAGUUUAACCGAGGAAUGCAUCGACUCCAAACCGUUCGUUGCUGCCGAUAGGAAAUGGAAAAUACAGGUUUAUCCUAGGGGAAAAGGUAGCGGUGUUGAUAACUACAUAUCUCUGUAUCUAACUUUAGCCGAGCCUCAAAACUUGCGUCCGGCAUGCAAAAUAUACGCGGAAUUCACGUUGCGCAUAUUAGAUCAAGUUAAUCGCAACCAUUACUUUGGAACCGCUAAUUACUGGUUCAGUUCGUCUAACUCGACUUGCGGCUGGCCAAGAUUUGUGUCGAGGAGCUAUUUUAAUAUGUCGUCUUCGGGUUUGGUUUCGAAAGAUGUAUGCAUUGUGGAAGCAGAGAUCAAAGUCCAUGGGGUGGCUGCUUCUUUAUAA